UGUAGAAAAAUAUCAUCCAAAAAUUCAAUUCUGUGAAAAACCUAGUUAAAGGUUGUGAAUUUAUUGAAAGAAAAAUAUUAAAGCUGUUACUGGAGGUAUAGUCCUGCUGGAAAGGCCUCACACCAGAAAAAUAAAAAAUAACUGAACUGAACUUUGAAACUAAAGGAAAAAAAUGCAAAUUACUGCAUCCAACUUAACAACAAGUAAUUGUCGAGUUUGCUUAGAAUUGCCAGAGGAAGUGUUAGAUACAAACACAAUAUAUAAUAAAGAAGAAAACCUGACUUAUGCGGAUUGCUUCCUUAUAUGCACCCAAAUAGAUUUAACAGCCGAUGAUGAUUUACCUCAAAACUUAUGCAAGCCCUGCGCCCUUGAACUACAAUUGUCUUACGAUUUCUACACAAAAGUUGAAGCUUCAAAACGACUACUUCAACAAUAAGCAACGAUCCCAGCUUUUGCCGAAUGCAGAUUUCAACAAAGACGAUAAAACAGAAAUAGCGAAUGAUUACGACGGUGAUGUCCCGGUAACCUUGGACACUCAUUUUAAAAUUGUUGAGGAUAUAACAAUUCAAAAAGAGCAGAAUGGAAAUGAAUUAAAUAAAACAAGAGGUCGAGAUAUGAAAUCGGUCUUAAAAGUAACAAGUAGUGUAGCAAAUCACUCGGCCGCGAUGCUGGCGGUGUCCGAUAAACCUGAAAAAAAAAAUGCACAAUUGUCCAAAAACUAAAGGAGAGGAAACAGUUCCUUCAUCUCUUAAUAAACGUAUACGCCAUAUCGGUAGCUAUGAAUGUUGAGACUGACAGCAAGGGCAAAGGCUUCUGAAGAAGAUAUACUUCUGGUGAAGGAAAAAUGUCGUGGAUUCAAAAUUUUUAUUUGAUUUAACAAUAUACUCACAUAGCACAUAUGUAGCAACUAUAUAAUUGUACGAAGUUUUCGUUUCCGAAAAUAAAGAA